CUCUCUCUGGGUUCUGUACAUACCAAGCCAAGCCUCACAAUGCUGCAUUUACUAAAACAAGGGGCAUGGACAUUUGCAGGGAUGCUGCUGCCUCUGUGUAGUGGACUCGGUCUGUGAGGCAGUGCAGCACUCAGAGCGGUGCAGGUGGACUGAGAGAGAGGCAAAACUACCGUCACCUGUUUGGGAAAUCUAGAACAACGAAGGACAAAAAAAGAAGGAGGAGUCUUUAGAGAGCGGUGGUCUCGCUGUGUAAACCCACCCACCCCACCCUAUUCCCUCUCUCACGUGCACACACUCAGACACACUCUCCUCCGUGCCUUUCCUCUCCUCCACUCCUCGAUGCUGGUGUGGUGAACAGCUAGACACUCGGCUGGGCUGCAUGGAGGCUCAGGGAGGGGCAGAGAGCCCAGAGCCCAAUAAAGACACCCAGAAGCUGCUGAAGCCGUCCGGCUCAGGUGACCUAUCCAAGGAGUUGUUUCACUGGGCAGCAGGGGAGGAGGAGGAGGGUGUCCUCUCAGGGCACACUGCCAGCCUGCUGCACAUCACCGAAAAGAGACAGCCACUGAGUAGUGUGUCCUCUCUGGAGGUGCACUUUGACCUCCUGGAUCUGACCGAGCUGACUGACAUGUCGGACCAGGAACUGGCUGAAGUUUUUGCAGACUCUGAUGAGGACAUCCACAACGAGUCCCCAGCAGGUUCCCAUCAUCCUAUGCUGCCCAGAGCUGGGUACGUGCGCUCCCCCUCUUGGACACGGUGCAGCAAAGUUGAGCCGCCGCGAGAGCGAAAGCACCACAGUGACUCGGACACCGCAGAGCCCUUAACGAAGCUGGAGAGGGCAAAGAAGAUGUGAUGUGUGAUGCGAAGCAGUCCGGAGAUUCCAGAGCCAGACGCACACAGCCAGAGCGGAACAACACAAAGCGGACCAAGAGGCCCCCCAUCUGCCACUGUGCACCCACGUCACCAUGGUGCUGUUGAGUUCAGGAUGAACUCUGGACAGCUAGGUCUGUAUUUCAACUAAAGGUGUUGAGAUGUACAAUACACGCGCUCUCUUCCUCUCUAUCUCUUGCUGUCUGUCUCUCUCACAUGCAAACAAACACAAUUAUUGUGAUUUGCAUGUAAGGAGUUGUUAAUGCACUAUAGGCUGCCAAAUGAUUUUGAGCUUGGUUGGGAAUGACAGGGUUAUGACGUCAGCAGAAUUACAUCACCUCCAUUUGUACAGCCUCUCAGGGGUGGGGGG